AUGUCCGAUUCAAUUAACAAUCAAUAUCCUCAAUAUCAAAUCACCAUCGAAGAUUUACUAUCACAUCCAGUAGAUGAUUCCAACGAUGUUCUGUCGAAGAAAGAGGAGUCAGUCAAAGAUUUGCCGAUUGAACCAUUAGAAAGCGUUUCGGUAGUGGACCGCCCACCGCCAUAUGAGUUUGCUUCAGCCGAUAGUGCGCCUGCGUAUUCGGGUGCUUCCGUAUCCGCACGAACACCGGCUCCGGUUAGAGAUUCGGUUUCUGGUACGGUGACACAACAAACACACACGGGACCUGAUGACUCUCCAAUUUUAACCCGGAUUCCUUUAAGAAAAUACGAUGGUGGCGAAUGCUGCUGUUCCACAAAUAGUGGAAAGUGUUGCUGCCUAGUAUUGAUACUGAUUGUUAUACUUAUUAUACUGGGGGUGAUCGCAAAAGUUAAUAACGAUGCUUGCAACAACCUCAAUCCCAAUAAUGAGGAUAAAAUGUACUAUUCAUAUGAUCCAAAUAUUUAUACAAACUUUUCAAUUGAUUCUUCGGACAGCUACAUUCAG